ACCGUUGACCUUCAGGGAUGUGGCCAUCGAUUUCUCCCAGGAGGAGUGGGAGUGCCUGGACCCAGCUCAGCGGAACUUGUACCUGGAUGUGAUGGUGGAGAACUACAGCAACCUGGCCUCCCUGGCUAUCUUAUCUGAAGACAACCAGGCCAUUUUGCAAAAGCCAAAAAUAAGAGAUUUGUUCCCUAAAAUAAUACUGAAUAUAUGCAAUGAAGACAGAAGUCACCAAUGCAAGGAGCACUGGAAAAAUUUUAACCAAGAAUCAAAUUCUAAUAUACAUCAGAAAAUUCAACCUCCACAGAACCAUUAUAAGGGUGGAAAAGUCUAUGACCAAAUGUCAAAUCAAAGUAUACUUCAGUUUAUUCAUUCUGUGGCAAAAACAAACCAACGAAGAAAAUGUGACAAACCUUUGAAACAAUCUUCAAAUCAUACUGAACGAGAUAAUAUUCAUACCAGAGAGAAAGCUUACAAAUUUAAUUCGUGUUCGAGACUCUUCAGUCAAAUACUCAAUCUCAAUAAACUUAAGAAAAUCCGAACUGGAGAAAAACAUAAAUGUAAAGAAUGUGGUAAAACAUUUAAUUUCCUUUCAAAUAUUCGUGAACAUGAGAGAAUUCAUACCGGAGAGAAGCCUUAUAAGUGUGGAGAGUGUGGCAAAGCCUUCAGGAGGUCCUCGAAGUGUCGUCGUCAUCAGAGCAUUCAUACCGGAGAGAAGCCGUAUAAAUGUAGAGCAUGUGGUAAAGCCUUCAGUGAGUCCUCGAUCCUUAAUCAACAUCAGAGAGUUCACACUGGAGAGAGGCCUUAUAAAUGUAAAGAAUGUGGCAAAGCCUUCAGUGCUGCAUCAAGCUUUGCUCAUCAUAAGAGAGUGCAUAUUGUAGAGAAGCCCUAUAAAUGUGCAGAAUGUGGCAAAGCCUUCAGUGUGGCAUCAGCACUUACUAUUCAUCAGAGAGUGCAUACUGGAGAGAAGCCCUAUAAAUGUGGAGAAUGCGGCAAAGCCUUCACUGUGGCAUCAGCACUUACUAUUCAUCAGAGAGUGCAUACUGGAGAGAAUCCCUAUAAAUGUGGAGAAUGUGGCAAAGCCUUCAGUAAGGCAUCAAACUUUGCUUAUCAUCAGAGGGUGCAUACUGGAGAGAAGCCCUAUAAAUGCGGAGAAUGUGGCAAAGCCUUCAGUGCCGCAUCAACACUUACUUUUCAUAAGAGAGUGCAUACUGGAGAGAAGCCUUAUAAAUGUAGCGAAUGUGGCAAAGUCUUCAGUGACUCCUCAAACCUUAAUCGACAUCAGAAACUUCAUACUGGAGAGAAGCCUUAUAAAUGUAGAGAGUGUGGCAAAGCCUUCAACAGGUCCUCAAUCCUUACUGUACAUCAGAGAGUUCAUACUGGAGAGAAGCCUUAUAAAUGUAGAGAGUGUGGCAAAGCCUUUACCAGGUCUUCAUCCCUUACUUAUCAUCAGAGAGUUCAUACUGGAGAGAAGCCUUAUAAAUGUGGAGAGUGUGGCAAAGCCUUUAGGAGGUCCUCAGUGUGUAUUCUUCAUCAGAGUAGUCACACUGGAGAGAAGCCUUAUAAAUGUAGUGAAUGUGGCAAAGCCUUCUGUAACUCCUCAAACCUUAAGCGACAUCAGAAACUUCACACUGGAGAGAAGCCGUUUAAAUGUAGAGAAUGUGGCAAAGCCUUCAUUGUGGCAACAGACCUUACUUAUCAUCAGAGAGUUCAUACUGGAGAGAAGCCGUUUAAGUGUGGAGAAUGUGGCAAAGCUUUCAACAGGUCCUCAUCCCUUACUGUACAUCAGAGGGUUCAUACUGGAGAGAAGCCUUAUGAAUGUAGACAGUGUGGCAAAGCCUUUAGUAAGUCCUCAAACCUUAGUAAUCAUCAGAGAGGUCAUACUGGAGAGAAACCCGAUAAAUGUAGAGAAUGUGGCAAAGCCUUUAACCAGUGUUCUUGCCCUAUUGUACAUAAAAGGGUUGAUGACUCCUUGCAUUUACAAGGAGUGACAUUAGUACUUUACUAGCAGUGAGACCUUACUCAGCGCCAUAGAAUUCAUGCUUGGAUGAAGCCUUAUGAAUGUGAAAAAUGUGGAAAAGCCUUUAAAGAUAUUCAUGAUUUACUGUACAUGAGAGACUUCAUAGUGGAGAGAAAUCUUACAAAUGUAAGGAGUGUGGCAAGUCCUUUCCUUGUCAGUGUGAUCUUAUUGAAUAUCAGAUAAUUCAUUGUGAAGAGAAGCCUUCCAAAUGUGAACAAUUGGCACAUUUUUUAAUGACCAUUGGUGUCUUUCUCAACACAAUACAAUUCGUACUGGAGAGAAGACCUAUAAAUA